CAUCUCAACUUCUCCACCAGUCAAGUCCACCAGCCAGCAGCUCGCCGGCUGCCUCGCUCCUGCUCUGCACUGCACUAGUCGCCGCUCGAGCUACCCGGCUGUAGCAACUAGCAAGAUUCGUUGGGUCCGUGAACGUGCAGACGCAACACGCUAGACUGUCUAGACACACAUUAUCAGAUUCGUUCUGCAGUACAAUAAUGGGAGCCUGCAACUCGUGCGAGGCCACGGCGGUGGCGGCGGCGCCGGGGCCGGCGACGGCGGAGGCGAGGGUGGUGCUCGCGGACGGCGCGCUGCGGCGGUUCCCGGGCGGCACGCGGGCGUCGCAGGCCGUGAAGGCGGCCGCCGGCGGGGCGGCCCCGACGGCCUCGUGGUUCCUGUGCAGCGCGGACGGGCUGGAGCUCGGCGGCGCCGUGGCGCCCGUGCGGCCGGAGGAGGCGCUGCAGCCCGGGCAGCUAUACUUCGUGCUCCCCGCCGCGAUGCGGCGCCGCCCGCUGCAGGCCGAGGAGAUGGCCGCGCUCGCCAUCCGCGCCAGCGCCGCGCUGGCCGGCGACCACGACGGUCCGCUCGUGUUCCCGGAGGCCGCCGCGGCCGCGGCCGCCGGCGCCGGGGCGCGGUGCGGCAAGGCGUGCCGGAGGUCGAGGAGGGGCGGCAGCCGCGGCCGGGACUUCGCGCCGGACCUCGGCGCCAUUGCCGAGUAACCAACCGUCCGUGGCAGCCAGCUAGGAGAACGGGGGAACCUAAUUAACAGCAGUCGCGUCGGCAGCCCGCGGCGACAUGAAAAUGAAAAAAAAAAACACAUCCAUCUGUAGCUACGCGUAAAAACUGAUCUACUGGACGCUUUGACUAAUGCUAGUGUAGUGUAGGUGUAGUAGCCGUGUAGGAAAAGAAAUGCAGUCCAUCUUGCAUCUGGUGUGUACGUAGAAUACUAGUACGCGACAGGCUGUGCGUGUAGAUUACGCACGCGAGCAUGCACCGCGAUCCGGACGCCCAGGAGGCCAGGACCCGGGUGUGUGUCUGACUCUGACUCCCGGGGCCCGCAUUGUGAUGAGCUGAGCUGUAAGCCGCUGGGCCUGGGAUUCGUGUAUGCCAAUCAGCCGAUGUGGCGAGCCAAUGAACGGCAAACGAGUCAACGACUCGGAUUUGCCAGCCUGAGGAGCAGAUUUUGCUAUGCAAAAAAAUUUGCGUUUGUCUUGUGCUGCAAUAUUUCGUAUUUCCUCUUCCGGUCGGCUGUAUGUAGAAGGCGUACGUAGAGCUGUAUACCUGUAUAGUAUGGCUUGGUUUGGGGUGGCCGGCUUGGGGAAGCAACGUGCACAAUUGGGUACGAGGACAAGGAUGGGGGCCUGCCUGCCUGGCUGGCUGGACACCCUCGUCGUUUGUUGGCCACUGGCCACUGCCGGCCGGCAGCUCGGGCCGCCGGCCCAGGCCAUCGCUGGGGUGGGAUCGUGGGAUUUGGGACAGGAUGCGAUUAGGAAUGAAUUUGAAUGUCUAGAGAUCAGAAUUAUUCGUAUUCAGAUAAAAUGGCUAAUAUGGAUAUUCGUUUUCGUAUUCGAUUUUAAUAUGUAUGUUAAAUUGACAUAUCCGAAUUCGUUUUUCUCUAUCCAGUUUAAGAUUUGUAUUCAAUAACAUUCGACAAAACCGUGAAAAAUCCGAUACUAUUUGUAUCCAAAAGUAAAAAGUAUUCGAUAAAAUCAAUUUAAACUUAUUUUAUUACUAAUUACAAGUAAUUUUAAACUUUAAAUAAUGUACUAAAAACUGUUAUACACCAUUUAAAAUGUAAAAAAUAUUCAUAUCAUAAAUAAACGACUGUGUUAAUCUUACAUUACUAGUGAUAUACAAUGAUAAAGUUUAAUUGAUAUUUAAAAGUCUAAUUUUGAAUACAUUAGAUUAUUCGAGUUUUUAGUGUCUAAAAUACAAAUAUACUUAAUAUACGAAAAGAUUAUAUCUAGAGUCCAAAAUAUCUGAUACUUAGUAUACUGAUCUAAGUGAUGGAUGACGUCGUUGAUCAAGAAGUGUUAUAGACCACUUUAUCAAUGAGCAACUGCUCUCUAAAUAUGUACAUCUAUAGAAACAUACCUUCACAUUUGUGUGUAUAACGACAAAUCAGUAAAUAAAAAAAAUAAAACAUAAUUUUCGUCCUCAUCUAUCUUUGGAGUGUCUUGUCAAAGCUGUUACAAAAUAUUGUAUAUUGUAUAUGUGACCAAUCCAAAGGGUACGACAGAUUCUCCCUAAGGGACAUAUCCCUUGGGAUACACCCCUUCACAUGUAUAUAAUCAGGACUCCCUGCAAUAAUAAAGGAUAACUGUCACUUUCUCUCUACAUUUUCGUGUCUCGUUACCACCGAGUUAUAACACGUUAUCAGCACGCGAUUCUCCACUGAGUUAAUCGGCAGAAGAGAACGGACUACGCUGUCGCUAGAGCAGUUCUCAGCGACAUGAUGCUGCAGAGGCAAUUUUCUAGCCUUAAUCACGAUGAUGGAUGACCGAUGUACUUGCGUCACAUCAACAAUGGCCAACCGCACUGGAUAAGUCAGAAGUGAGAGCAUGGCCUAAAUCAUGCAUGAUUGCAUUGCUUCCUCACUUGCGUUGGAGACAACAAAGAUUAAAAAUGGUAUGCGAUUUAUGCUUACUCAGUUUUGUUAUGUAUCUGUCGGUCCUCAUCUGCAAUGGCGCUGUUCUUGCACACAUGUGUGCUGCAAUCUUGCGGACAGACGGUGGUAGCGCUGCCCGCCAGAACUUGCGCCAGAGGAGUCUCGCGCCCGCUCCGCUUGGGCUGUUGGGGCCACGCCACGCCACCGGGGCUGCUGGGCCCGUGCCCACGCCGGGGACACCCACGGCCGGACGGGGCCAUGCCAGCCGCACCCGUGCCGUCGAGGCCUCGCCCGCCUAACAGCGGCACACCGAGCGUCGAGACCGCGCCGGGACCUGGCCGGGGCCGCACGCCUGUGGCGAGGCCGCGUGCCCGCACAGGGACGCGCCUGGCUGGCCAAGCCCACGCUGGGUCGCGCGCCUGCGCCAUGUGAGGCCGGGUGCCGCGCCCGCGCCCCUGAACGACGAACUAUUCUCGCGCGCCGCCGGGGAGUCGCGCUCCGCGCGCGCGCUGGGGCCGGGGACGGAGACCGCCGUGCCACCGGGGCCGCGCUCACAGACGACGGGCCGCGCCCGCGAGCCGCCGCGGGGACGCGCCCACAGCCGCGCACGCGUGCCGCCGCGGGGACUGCGCCCGUGCCGUCGCUGAGGCCACGCCUAUGCGCCGGGGGUCGCGCGCCUGCGUGCUGUUGAGGCCGUGCGCUCGUGCACUAGGGGGCGCCCGUGCCUUGGCCUGCAACCGUGCCACUGGGGCCGCGUGGCGGGGCAGCGAUCGCCCACCCGCGCCGUGGCUGGUGCCGCCCGAGCCGGGUCGGUCCUGCUCGCCCCCUAGCCAAACCGAGACCUCGCUGCUAGGACCGCGCCACCGGGAGGAACCCGCGCCCGCCGCCGGGAUGCCGCGCGCCGCCGCGAAACGCCUCCAUGGCCGCUGGCGGCUGUAGAAAGG